GCUUUACAUUACACGAAAACACCACUUCUCUCCAUUUCGAAACUCACCAAAAACACACAUAUAGAUGCCUUAAUUCACAAAGCAUUAAACAUUUCCAACUUCCAAGAAGAUCAAACUGCCCAUAAAAACCACCAUUUCAAUUUUCCAUCACCAACCCAUGAUUCUAUUCCCAGUUUUCCACUGACCCAUCUCCCCAAAAUUCUCACUUCUUCGAUAUUGCUAGUCUAGAGAGAGAGAGAGAGAGAUAGUUAGUCUUAGAAAGAGAAUGUCCGUUCUGGCAGCGAGUUCUCAGAUUCUGUGGAGAGAAUUCCAUCACAGAGAUCAUCAUCAUCAUCAACAGUUGUGUGCGAGUAGUGGGAAUUACAGCUUCUUUGCAGGAAAAUCCGGUGGGUUUUGGGGCGAUUUCAGAAACAGAGAAGACAAGAAAACAUCGAAGAGGGACAUGAGAGCAGAAGCGUUUUGGCCUGAUUUGUCGAAACCCGCUUCCGUCGAGAUGGAGCCCAUCAACGACUGUGAUCAUCUCGACCGGAUUCUAAGCCAUGCACAGGAAAUCUCCCAGCCAAUUCUCAUUGAUUGGAUGGCUUCUUGGUGCCGGAAAUGUAUCUAUUUGAAACCGAAGUUGGAGAAAUUGGCCGCUGAUUAUGAUACCAAAAUAAAGUUCUAUUGCGUGGAUGUCAACAAGGUCCCUCAAGAUCUGGUGAAGCGCGGAAACAUUACUAAAAUGCCAACAAUUCAGAUAUGGAAAGAUGGGGAGAUGAAAGCAGAAGUUAUUGGAGGGCAUAAAGCUUGGAUUGUGAUUAACGAGGUCACAGAAAUGGUCAAAAAAUUUGUCUAGUUAUUAUUUCGAGUUCAAUAAGUUGGAAGUCUUUAUAUAUGUCUUUCUUAUAUAUAAGAAAAUCAAAAGCGAAUAUGUAUAUAGCUUUUACCAUAUGACAAAUUAACAAUUUCGUCUCGAUUUUAAAGAGUUA